CCGCCGGUGACGCGGCGCGGGCCGCUUCCGGGCAGUGACUGCGGGCGCGGAGCGGCGCGGCCGGGGAGGAUGAGCGGCGGGCGGCGGAGGGAGGACCUGGCGCUGCACUCGCAGCCGCACCCGGUGGCCAACGGCGGCGGCGCGCUGCGGGGCUCGGCGUGGGGCAAGGCGCUGCGGAGCGACUCGUCCUGGGACGACAAGGAUGAGUUUUUAGAUGUGAUCUACUGGUUCCGACAGAUCAUUGCCGUUAUUUUGGGAAUCAUCUGGGGCAUAGUUCCACUGAAGGGGUUUGUGGGAAUAGCAAUAUUCUGCCUGAUCAAUGCUGGAGUCCUGUACCUCUAUUUUAGUAGUUUCCAGCAGAUAGAUGAGGAGGAGUACGGAGGCACGUGGGAGCUAACGAAAGAAGGAUUUAUGACAUCUUUUGCACUUAACCUUCCUUUCUUCUCUUCUGUCUUCUCUUCAGGUUGUUUGGAUAAUCUUCUACACUGCCAUCCACUAUGAUUGACACAGUCUGCAGCCUUUGUCUGCCAAACCAGUCUUCAAUAAGUCCAAGAACAUUUUAAUAAAUCACAACCUCUAGUGGACUGGGAGGGGGGGAAGUAAAAUCAGCCACCUUUCAUACCAGUGGUCCAAGGAGCCUGAGAAGAGCCUCAGCUCUUCUCACGGAGAAGCCAGUGCAUCUCAGUUUUGUACAAGUGUUGCUUAUUGGAACUUUUAAAAAGCCAUUGAAAUUUUGGAAAGUGGUUCGAGACUGUUCAACUUCUGAACUUUCUUCUUAACUUAAUCCAGUAUCUUUAACAAAGUCAUGUAUGUUAAUGGGAGAAUCUGUUAAUUUAAUUUGUGUAAAUCAUCUUGCCCUCCGGAUGAAAUCUGUCAUUAAAUUGUGACUUGUCUUCCAUUGUAUUCCUUCAGACCUGCAAUUUUAAUAGAGUCAUUUCAAGGUACUUAUUAGCAGGAGAACACUAUAGCAUUCAAUACAGGGAGUCCAGUGGUUACUCUCGGCAUGUUUUAAGAAAAUUAAAAAUUUGAUUUUAUUUGAGUAAAUUGACUAUAUUUUUUACUAUUUUUAACUUUUUUGUUUGUUUGGGGAUUCUUUGAUCACCAGGAUUUUCAAAUGCUUUUUGUUAAAGACCUAGACUAAAAAAAAAUUGCUGGGGAAAAUUAUAAUGUAUCUGGUAUGUGAAUGUUUAACUUGUGAACAGUAUUUAUCAUGCUUAGAAACUAUGAUGCAUUUCUUUUGUCCAAGAUGGCUACUAACUCAGUUCCUGGAGUCUACCUCAGUCCAGUAGCCUAGAUGGAAAAAUAAUUCCAGAGGCUUACUUUUAAAUGUCAGAAUUUAACUGCUUAAAAUCUUAACUUUUUAUAAAGAAUGAAGAAUUCAACAGGAUUCAAAUUCUCCUCAUUGAUAAGUGCAGGAGACUAAAAAUAAACACAAUUGAGGCAGCUAAUGUAGAUGCAGAACUAUUAAGUUAUGAGUGUUUUCGUAUGAAUAGAUGCCUCCAGACUUUGGUAUUGGUCUCUUGGUGGUGAAGACAACCUCUAAGCUGGAUAGCAGCCAAGAGAUUGCAUUAGUUUAUAAUUGCUUUGGCAGCUUACUACAGAUGUGCAUGGGGGUGGUGGUAUCUGCUUCUCUAAAAUAGUUAAGUACAUAUCUUUCAAAAAGCUGUAUUUACAGAAGUAAAACACACAUUGCUGUCUACAGUUACUGUCAGGAAGUGCCACCCUGUGGUCUAGCUGCCUGCAGAAUGUGUUGUUUUAAUCUAUAGUUCAAGUAAACUGGAGGAAGGAUUUAUAUCUGGGGUAGGCAAGCCCUGGCAUGUGUGCCAGAGCAUGGCACACAAAGGCAUUUUGCUUGGCAUAUGCACCUCGGGGUGGAUGGCAGGGAAGGGGCUGGGGCUAAGCUGCCACAACAAGGAUCAGGCCUAUUGUAGCCCCCCUGCCAUCUGCCUCUGGCAAAGCAACAUCUUACACGUUGAGGUUGCAGGUGUUUUGGUACGCUCUUCAAAAAUGUUGCUGACCCCUGUUCUAUACCAAGGUUGCCUUAUGGUGAGAACUUGAUUGAGUUUUAAUAUGCUCUUCUUGAGAUCCUGUACUGGUUUCAUGUUCCAGUUCCUGAAAGAUCAAGAGCCUGUUUUUCAUACGUGUGUAUGUAAACUGCACCUAAAUAACUACUUUAGGUGCUGGUUUAGGUCUCCUUAGUAAAGGCUUUCAUUCAUUGUGCACUUUCUGCCAAUUAUAAUAUGGGGAAGGGGUAUGUAUUCUGGGUACUGGAAGGCAUAGACCCAAGUACCCUAAGAAAAGAGUAGCAGGAAUUUGCUACUAUUGCACAUCUGAGUUGCCAGUUAAGUGGAUGAACUCCAAUGUAAACUCCUAAAUUUGUUACUCUAAUUCAAUCAGUUUUUACAUCUGACUUUCCUCCUCCACUAGUUUAAGAGAAUUAAUUUUUCUUGAAAAAUGCCCUGCCCACUAGUUUUAAAUUAUUCUUUACUAUUGACCCAAUUUACAUUUGCUUAGUUAUCCUGACCCACCAAUAACAUGAACUAUUGUAUGCUCAAAAGCUUUCUAAUAAAUGUCACUCAAAUAA